AUGGGAUCUUCCUGGACAAUUGCUGCAAAUGGACAAUUCUUGGGCAAAUAUUUCCUUGGUGUUUGUAUGAACUUGGACAUUUUUCACACAGUACAACGAGUAGUACGGAAAAUACCAAAAUGUUCUAAAUAUUCUUCUGACAUGGCUAAAGAAUAUGGCUUAGUUUUUCAUCAACCAGGAGACAUUGGAAAAGAAAGGUCUUCACCAUCUCCUCCACUUGACAAUCUUGAGAAACCUACAAAAAUGUUGCCUAAAAUGCAAGUCUAUACAAAGUGCAGCUGGUACAAAUGUUCUGACAAAAGAAAUGCUAAAAGAAAUACGGAACAUUAA